UUUGAUUUUCAUAACUAAUACCAUAGCAGCAUCAUUAUAUGAUUUGCAAUAGCGCUUUUACAGUGAAAGUAGGCCAGUGAACUUCUCCUGUUGCUAAGCAACCAAACUCUACACAAGCGAAGGCACGCGUUUGUUAACGCUCGCAAGGAUGUGCUCUAAUGUUUGUUUUUACAAAUGAGGGACUUUGAGGCCAGUGUGGCUGGGGCCCAUUGUUUCAGGGUGCUGUGUUCGCACCCCUGCUGCUGGGACACCGAGCACCGUUGCACCAGAGGAAUCAAACGCCACACUCCAGCACGCGUGAGGAAACACUCUCCCAAAAAUGAGGACUUUCCAUCUCUGAGUAUUGUGAAUGUCUCUGAAUGGGCUGGACGGGGGAGACCGAUUAAAGAAAGGCCACUGUACGGUGCUGACAUGUCUGAGGCGUCUUUGAAUGAUGUCUCUUGUGUUUCUCUCAGCAAACAGACACAAGACACUCAGAAGAUUAAGAGGGCACAUCUUUCCUUUCCAGACAUCAUGUUGCCCAGCGAUAAACCAAACAACAUGGUCAAGUUAAAUCCAGUUGACAUCAGUGCUUUGAUGGGCCGCUCUGAGUUGCCACAGUGUCCAGUGGUCAUGUGGAUUCCCAACCCGCACCAUGAGCCUCAGUGGCUCCCUCAAAACAAGUCGAGAUCUCCAAACAUCACUAUAAAAGAGUUAGUCUGCCUUCCAUCUUGUCAAAUGACAAAGCCGUCCAUAGCGUCCAACCAGUGGAAGAAAUUGAAUGGUCAUAAAAGGAGAGGGAAGAGAGGAAUGAACUCUACACAAGAGGGCGCUGGCAGCCCACGGUGGGUGGGCAUUGGCUUUAAUCCCAUUCCUAAAACCACCCCACAUCACCUCUCCCACAGCCGGGCAUUCAAAGAUAGUGGGUGGGGAUCACUGGAUCAGAAACUGCCGAGUCUAACCACACCACACCCAAACCCAAAGAGCAGCAGUGUCAGUCUAGCCUUGAGCCUGAGUUUAGGAUCAGUACAGUGCUGGAGAGGCCACUGA